CUUGUUGUAGAGCGCUGCAAGCUUUAGGAUAUUUUCGUGAAGUUUUCGAUACAAACAAUCGUCAUUUUCAUCCUUCGUCUGAAACUAGUGCAUCCGCGAAAACGAUGGACUACGUCGACAUACAAGCCGUAGAAUCGAAACUGACAGACGUGACUGUGACGCCGAUACCAAUGAUUAAAAAUGCCCAUUCCAGCAGCAGCGGUGGCAGCGGCAGCUACAAUAGCAACAAUACAGCAAGUAUCACCAUAACGCCGCAAACAAACCAUCGCAGCAACAACCACAAUUCGAUCGCCGUAAACGACGGUACGUCGGGGCCAUUAGCACUGACGGUGGGGUCGAACAACGCCGCGAAUCUGGUGGCACCGGUUACUACCUUCAACCAUUUCCCAAACAAUUCGGGCCUUUCGAAGUACGCCCAGCUGCUGAUGGUCAUCGAAGAGAUGGGGCGCGACUUGCGCCCCACGUACUCCGGAAGCCGCAACUCGGCCGAACGGUUGAAGCGCCUUAUCGUGCACGCCCGCAUACUGGUACGGGAAUGCUUGGUUGAAACGGAGCGCUCGGCAAGACAGUAGAUCCGCCCUGGAAAGCGCUCUCGCUCUGUGGCUCUUCAAGUGCAUUCGUCUAGAUUAUUUGCUCGUUGUAGGAUAUCAAAACAGCAGCAGCGUUUGUUAACACACAUAGUACAAAACAGCAGUUUCAUAGAUGCAGGCGUACUGUAGUCGAGCGUGUAUAAUCAGUUAACGUAACGACAGCACAGUUGAGAGCAGCCUUAGGAAAUAAGAUAGACUGUGUAUUUACUGCCCAUUCUGAACACUGGCCCUCGGGCAUUAGUUUUCGGCUGGGUAAAGUAAACCAUUAUACGGAAUAACCAAUACGAAGCAUGUAUACAGCAAGAUUUUGCAACAAGAGUCAAAUCAAGAUUAUAAUGAAAUGUUCUCUCUUUUUUCUACAAGACAUAGGAACGUAUUAAAAGACGAUAAGAUGUGUAGCCUUUACCUAUAUACAAACGGUCGAUUGUACUGUAAUUUGGAUAAAGAUGUAACAGAAACAAAUAAAACCAUAUUUUAAGCUAGCGUAA